UGCCUUCUUGUGCACUGUGUAACCCUGGAAACGGAAUGUCCCUGUCACUUGACAAGGAAGUUCUUGGCGAAAUACCCAUGCUCGCCAUCCAAGUCCAGCUUCUGAAGCGCGGCCUUAUGGGUAAUGUAGUUUUUCGUCACAGGUGCCUUUCGCUAAAAACAAUCGUUCCCUGCCUGAACAUAUCGGUGAUUACUAUAAUUAUACUCGGUGUCCGGGUCGCCCGUCGAAAAGUAAAGAGCCGUUUCUGAAUUUCGUGAAACAAGCGCUGCAUUUAAUGUCCUCUGGAGGCGAGGAAACUACAAUCCCCAUAAUUCCUUGCGUGCAGGCUCCCAGGCGUGUUGGAUGCAGCUGCUGAAAAGGAAAAAAAACACAGAAAAUAAAUAGCAGCAGAGACAGGGAGAAGGAGGUCUUAGAUUGAUAACUGAAUUCAUUAUGUGCAACCUGUGCGACUGCUGACACCAUGGCUGUUGAAGCAGUUCAUUGCAGUCGAAACUCAAAUGAUAUUGAUCACCCCGCCUGCACGGACAACAUCAACUUAAAUCUCAAGGGGGAGAACAUCGACUCGACCUUCACCAAGGACACAUCAAAAGUUCCAGAGCCCAAGGAAACUCCCAGGAAGCUGCAGACGGAGCCAGAUACUCCCAAGGCCAGUAUUGUGAAAUUAACAAAGCCGGUUGCGUUUUGGACUCAGCACGAUGUGUGCAAAUGGCUAAGGAAGCAUUGUCCAAACCAGUAUCAACUCUACAGCGACUCCUUCAAAGAACAUGAUAUUACUGGUCGCGCUCUGCUGAGACUGACAGAGAAAAAGCUGGAGCGAAUGGGUAUCACCCAAGAGAGUCAACGGCAGCAUGUCCUUCAGCAAGUCCUCCACUUGAAAGUCCGAGAAGAAGUCCGGAACCUCCAGCUGCUAAGCCACUAGUGGAAGAAAAUAUUCUGCUCACAUUGGAUCAAAAUCUGCCCAGAAGUCUUAAAUUGAGUGUCUACAUCACAGCAAGAAACUGGAUGGAAAGCCCUUGUUCGGCUCAUGUAGAGGGAUAUAUUCUUGGUCGUGGUUCCAUGUUUAGUUUGAUCAGAGACUUGUAACAAGUUAAUAAAUGGCACACAGCCCCUGUGAUCCCAUCUGUUUCCAAAGCUCAUUAUAUUGAUAAUAAGGACAGCAGAAUAUCAUAUAUUUAUAUAACAUAAUAUAAUAUAAAUACAAUAAAAUAUGUAUUUAAGCAUCUUGAUAUUUGUAUAGAGUAGAAUGAACCCGUGUUUCGCUCUGUUUAUGGAUAACUUGAAGAAUGAAAAUGAAUGAAAUUUCUAGUUCAUGUAGAGGCUAUGCCAUAUGUAAGAAUUAAGUUCAGGAUUUUGCCAAAUCCCAGCAUUUUUUGAAGGAUUUGAAUUCAGGCAAAAUGUAACUGUUCUGCUCAACCAAGUGGAAACUUUAAAAGUCAUGUGACUUUUCAGUCCUGGACAUCUGAGCAUAACAAUUGUUUGUUCACAUAUGCGUUUUUUAACAUUUUUAUUCAAAUUUGAAUAUGCAACUUUGGGUUUGAUUGUCCCAAUCUUUUAUGGAGAGCUUUGGUGUAUUGCCGAAUGCAAAAAUCACAGAUUUAAUGUAUUCCUACCUUAUAAAGACCAGAUAAACCAGGGUUCAUUUAUAACAUUUGGUCAAUACAGAAGAUGUUGUCCCUAGAUUUUGGGAUAUAUAGGCUAUAGAAUUUCUUCUAUCUAUAGUUUCUUCUAUUUCUAUAAAUGUCCAGGGCCAGAACUAAGAGUAGGAAAAAGGAACGUGCCGAGGGCAGAACAGUGGAGACCCAUACUAUCUCUGCCUGCCAACCCCAAGUUGCGUCCAUUGUGUAUUUUGUUACCGCUCCUGCUCCUCCCUAAGCCCCUAACGCCCCUCUUAUGUAACUUGGGAAAUAAGGGAAAUUUAUUGUACUAAGGAUGUUAAGCAAGGAGGCAAGGGAAACAAGAAAGACCAACUGGUUAUUAUGACAUGUUGGAGUGAGUUUUAACGCAGUGGGAAUUUCACUUAGGGGCAGAUAAAUUAGAAAAUACUCACAACUCAAAUGGGAGGUUAUUUAAGAAAAAAUCUCGAACGUAUUUGAUAGAAUGGGAUUUGUAUUUGACUGAGUUUUUUCUCCGCAAAUGUCAGAAUGUCAGGAAGGCUAUUAACAUCUUCAAAUGGGUCACUGGACCUCUGCCAUUGACUUCUUCAUGAA